UCUCUUUCUCUGUAGGUGCCCGGCAGCCUGCAGAGGCCAGUACAGAUACCUGGAGUAUGAGUCAUCGGUCAGAUACCCUUCCUGUGCCCUCUGGCCAGACGAGAAGCCAGGUCCUCCGAGACCAGAGCAUCUAUACCCAGCUGCUGGAGGUGGCGCGGCACGUGCAGCAGACCGUGAGGGAGCACUUUGUGCAGCUGAACAGGCAGGGCCUGCUGCAGGAACGGAGGCACACCCAGGCCAUCCGUGAGCAGGAAGCCCUCCUAAGUCACUUACUGUGCCAGAUGAUCAACCUCCUACAGUCUGGGGCCACGAGUGGCCUGCAGCUCCAAGUGCCUCUUCCUUCCGAGGACUCUAGGGGUGAUGUCAGAUAUGGGCAGGGGACUCAACUAUCUGGGCAGCUUGAUCCAGUUCCCCAACUGAGUGAUUGUGAAGCUGCCUUUGUCAGUCGUGACCUGUCCAACCGUGGGACUGACAUCUCUGCCCUCUACCAGUCGAGCUUCCAGGACUAUAAUGCCUACCAAAAAGACAAAUAUCAUAAGGAUAAGAACACCUUGGGUAGAACAAGAGGAUCAAACUGAUCUUCAAUUCCUUCCAUCUCCAGGGCUUCAUUAACCUUGGCACCAGUGAGAACAAGCUCUGCAUUGACCUGAUGGCUGAAAGAUUGCAAGAAAGUGACAUGAACUGCGUUGAGGAGGCCUUGCUGCAGUACCCUGAUUGGAGAGGGCAGCCGUUCCUGCGGGAAGAAGUGGCCAGGUUCCUGACCUACUACUGCAGGGCACCUGCCCGCCUUGAUCCAGAAAACGUGGUUGUUCUAAAUGGCUGCUGCUCUGUCUUCUCUGCCCUGGCCAUGGUUCUGUGUGACCCAGGCGAGGCCUUCCUGGUCCCCACGCCCUUCUAUGGUGGUUUUGCCUUUAGCUCCCGCCUGUACGCGAAGGUUCAAUUGAUUCCUGUCCACCUGGAGAGUGAGAUCACUGUUAUACAUACCUAUCCUUUCCAGCUCACUGUGGACAAGUUAGAGGAAGCCCUGCUUAAAGCUAGGCUUGAGGGAAAAAAUGUCCGAGGCCUUGUGCUAACCAACCCUCAGAAUCCUUUGGGUGACAUCUACUCCCCAGACGCGCUGAUGAAAUACCUGGAAUUUGCCAAGAGGCAUGAUCUACAUGUGAUCGUAGAUGAGAUUUACAUGCUGUCUGUCUUUGAUGAAUCUAUCACAUUCCACAGUGUUCUCAGCAUGACAAGUUUGCCUGAUCGCAGCAGGACCCACGUGAUCUGGGGUACCAGUAAGGAUUUUGGCAUCUCUGGCUUCCGCUUCGGUGCUCUGUACACCCACAACAAGGAGGUAGCCUCUGUGGUCAGUGCCUUCGGCUACCUCCACAGCAUCUCUGGCAUCACCCAGCACAAGCUGUGUCAACUGCUCCAGAACACAGAAUGGAUCGACAAAGUGUACCUACCCACCAAUCGCUUCCGGCUCCGGGAAGCUCACAAAUACGUUACUGCUAAGCUGAAGGCACUGGAGAUUCCCUUUCACAACCGUGGCUCCGGCCUCUAUGUCUGGAUCAACUUGAAAAAGUACCUGGAUCCCUGUACAUUUGAAGAAGAACAGCUCCUCUAUCGCCGCUUCCUGGACCACAAGCUGUUGUUAUCCAGUGGCAAAGCUUACAUGUGUAAGGAGCCAGGCUGGUUCCGCCUCAUCUUUGCAGAUGAGCUCCCCCGGCUAAAAUUGGCCAUGCGUCGGUUCUGUGAGGUGCUGGAGGAGCAGAAGCAGGAUUUGAUAGUGAAGCAGCUGGAGGAUGCAAUGAGGGAGUAAGCCGCCUGCCUCCCAACCAGAAGCUCCAGCCUGUCACUUGCUCAGGGACCCCCUAAU